UCUUUCACACAUUUACAGUCACACGUGCAUCCGCAGGCAGCAAGCUAAUCAAAUAAAAAGGGAGAGCCGCCGUCUUACAGCCACUUCUCUGCUCUUCUCAAAAACCUCACCACCGUUACUUACAACUUCAUCUUCGUCUACCCAUAUGCGUUUCAUCUAUAGGCGUCAAUAUCAAUCAUAAAGUUGACUUACCGAUUGAAGUUCUUUGUUUGUUGUUGUGAGUAAUUAUGGCUGGAAAAUCAAAUAAGGGGAAGAACAAGAAAGUGUCUCAAAAUGUUACUAGUCAGUCUGAACCGUUAAUACCAACUGAUGCUCCUGUAAACGAUGAAUUGAGUUUGUCAGAGGUGCCAAAAAGUGAGGCCAAUGGUAAUGUAACUGAGUCUGAACCAGUUGACUUGAAAGCAGAUGUAACUAAGUCAGAUAAUGCUAAUCCAGAAGUUCAGGCAAAACAAGUUCUUGUAGGUGAUGUUCAUCUCUUUCCAGUUUCUGUGAAGUCACAGGGUGGGGAGAAACUCGAGCUACAACUGAGUCCUGGCGAUUCAGUCAUGGAUGUACGCCAAUUCCUUCUCGAUGCCCCUGAGACCUGCUAUUUCACUUGUUAUGAUCUAUUGCUGAACACAAAAGAUGCUUCAGUUCAUCAGCUCGAGGAUUAUAAUGAAAUAUCUGAAGUUGCCGACAUAACUACUGGUGACUGCUCUCUAGAGAUGGUUGCAGCAUUGUAUGAUGAUAGAUCUAUCAGGGCCCAUGUUAACCGCACAAGAGAUUUACUUUCUCUAUCCACAUUACAUUCCUCAUUGUCAACAUCACUUGCUUUACAACAUGAAACUGGGAAAAACACAGCUUCAAAUUCAGAUCCUUCAAAAAUUGAGGUCCCUGAACUUGACAACAUGGGAUUCAUGGAUGAUGUUGCUGGUUCCUUGACAAGCUUGCUGUCAUCACCCUCAAAAGAAAUUAAAUCUAUUGAGACUAUAGUUUUUUCAUCUUUAAAUCCCCCUCCAUCGUACAGAAGGCUCGUUGGAGAUUUGAUAUAUUUGGAUGUUGUAACUUUGGAAGGAAACACAUAUUGUAUAACUGGAACUACAAAGAUGUUUUAUGUCAACUCAAGCACAGGGAACAUACUUGACCCGAAGCCAUCUAAAUCUGCUUCUGAAUCUGCUACUCUUGUUGGACUCUUGCAAAAGAUUAGCUCUAAGUUUAAGAAAGCCUUUCGCGAAAUUCUUGAAAGGAAAGCCUCAGCACAUCCCUUUGAGAAUGUUCAAUCCUUAUUACCACCAAAUACAUGGCUAGGGAUGUAUCCUCUUCCAGAACACAAACGUGAUGCAUCCAGAUCUGAGAAUGCAAUAACACUUUCAUUUGGAAAUGAGCUAAUUGGCAUGCAAAGAGACUGGAAUGAAGAAUUGCAAUCAUGUAGGGAAUUCCCCAACUCAACUCCACAAGAAAGGAUUUUACGGGAUAGAGCUCUUUACAAAGUUAGUUCAGACUUUGUUGAUGCAGCAAUUAGUGGCGCAACUGGAGUCAUAAGCAGAUGCAUACCACCUAUUAACCCAACUGAUCCAGAGUGCUUUCACAUGUAUGUCCACAACAACAUUUUCUUCAGUUUCGCGGUGGACGCUGACCUGGAACAAUCAUUAAAAAAGCGAGGUGAUUCUAAUUUGAAUACUGCAACUACCAAUAAUGCAUCUGAGUCCUCCAGCAAACCGUCUAGUGCAUCAGCUACAGUCUCAAAUGGAGACAAGCCUGAUGUCUCCAAUGCAGUGGAUCUCAGCAAUGCUACAGACAUUGCUUCAAAUGGUGUUGCUGAAACACAGCUAGCUGAAAGUGAGCAAGCCACGUAUACAUCUGCAAAUAACGAUCUAAAAGGCACCAGGGCUUACCAAGAGGCUGAUGUUCCAGGGCUCUAUAAUCUUGCCAUGGCAAUUAUUGAUUUUAGAGGUCAUCGUGUAGUAGCACAGAGUGUUCUGCCAGGCAUUCUUCAAGGCGAUAAAUCAGACUCUCUUUUGUAUGGGUCUGUUGAUAAUGGGAAAAAGAUAUGUUGGAAUGAAGACUUCCAUUUGAAGGUAGUCGAGGCUGCUAAACGCCUGCAUCUGAAGGAACAUACAGUUUGCGACGGGUCUGGAAACGAUUUCAAAUUAGCUGCUCCAGUGGAGUGCAAGGGUAUUGUUGGUAGUGAUGGCAGGCACUAUCUCUUGGACUUGAUGAGAGUAACACCUCGUGACGCAAACUAUACUGGACAAGGAUCCAGAUUUUGUAUUCUGCGACCAGAACUGAUUUCUGCUUAUUGCCAGGCUGAAACAGCGGAAAGAUCAAUAAGUCAAAAACAAGUGAAGGAGGAGCCUUCAGAGGCUUCUGCUUCGACGGAACUCGAACAUAUUCCUGAAAAGCAAGUGGAAUUAGAAGCAGAUAAAGUAACUUUGACCUCUCAACUGCAGGAUAAGUCGCAUGAAGCGAAACACGAGGCAGUGCAAGCGUGUGAUUCAGCUAUAGAAGCCAAUCAAGAAAUAUCAAAGGAUCUAUAUUUCAACCCUAAUGUGUUUACUGACUUCAAGUUAUCUGGAAACGAAGAGGAAAUCGCUGCAGAUGAAGAAAAUGUUAGAAAAGCAAGUUCUUAUCUUAGAGAUGUUGUACUUCCGAAAUUUAUUCAAGACCUCUGUACACUUGAAGUCUCACCCAUGGAUGGCCAAACAUUAACUGAUGCAUUCCAUGCUCACGGAAUUAAUAUUCGGUAUAUUGGAAAGGUCACUGAAGGAACCAAACACUUACCUCACUUGCUAGAUCUUUGUUCAAAUGAGAUUGUGGUCAGAUCCUCCAAGCACAUUGUGAAGGAUCUCUUGAGGGAGACAGAAGACCACGAUGUUGCACCUGCAGUUUCACAUUUCUUCAACUGUUUAUUUGGAAAUUGUCAAGCUCUUGCCUUGAAAGGUGCCUCUGGCUCACCACACUCCAGAUCCCAGAAGAAGGAGAAUACAAGCCAUCAAGCAUCUGGAAAAUCAAACAAGGGUCGGACAAGAUGGAGAAGUACCGGAUCUAUUAAAAAGAAACAAUCUUCAUAUUUGAGUAUGACUUCUGAUAGUUUGUGGCUGGACAUUGUAGAAUUUGCAAAACUGAAGUAUCAGUUUGAGUUGCCUGUGGAUGCAAGAUCUCGAGCAAAGAAAAUUUCUGUCAUACGCAACUUCUGUCAGAAGGUAGGAAUAACUGUAGCAGCUCACAAAUAUGAUCUUAAUACCGCCACACCAUUCCAAACAUCAGAUAUUUUGAAUCUACAACCCGUGAUUAAACAUUCUAUUCCAGUGUGCUCAGAAGCAAAGGAGCUUGUUGAAACAGGCAAACUGCAGUUAGCUGAGGGAAUGCUUAGUGAAGCCUACGCAUUAUUUUCAGAAGCAUUCACAAUACUUCAGCAGGUGACUGGACCAAUGCAUCGCGAGGUUGCAAACUGUUGUCGUUACCUUGCCAUGGUUCUGUAUCAUGCUGGGGACAUGGCUGGAGCAAUAAUGCAACAGCACAAGGAACUUAUUAUAAAUGAACGCUGCCUCGGUCUGGACCACCCUGAUACUGCUCAUAGCUACGGAAACAUGGCUCUUUUCUACCACGGGCUUAACCAAACUGAACUCGCACUUCGACACAUGCACCGUGCUCUACUCCUCUUAAGCUUAUCGUCAGGUGCAGAUCAUCCUGACGUGGCUGCGACUUUCAUCAACGUUGCAAUGAUGUAUCAAGAUAUCGGGAAGAUGAACACAGCUCUUAGGUAUUUGCAAGAAGCCCUGAAGAAAAACGAGAGGCUUUUAGGAGAAGACCAUAUCCAGACAGCUGUUUGUUAUCAUGCUCUUGCAAUUGCAUUCAACUGCAUGGGGGCUUUCAAGCUUUCUCACCAGCAUGAGAAGAAGACUUAUGAUAUAUUACUCAAACAACUUGGGGAAGAUGACUCUAGGACACGUGAUUCUCAGAACUGGAUGAAAACAUUCAAGAUGCGUGAGUUACAGUUGAAUGCUCAAAAGCAAAAAGGUCAGGCUUUGGAUGCUGCUUCUGCUAAAAAAGCAAUUGACAUCUUAAAGGCUCAUCCUGACCUAAUACAAGCAUUUCAAGCCGCAGCUGCGGCUGGAGGUUCUGGAAGCUCAGGUGGUCCACCAAACAAAUCCAUUAACGCAGCAAUGGCUGGUGAAGUAAAUACCCUUCCACGAGGAGGAAGAGGUGUUGACGAAAGGGCAGUCCGAGCUGCAGCCGAGGUGAGGAAAAAGGCUGCUGCCCGAGGUCUCUUUGUUCGCCCUCUCGGAGUUCCUGUUCAAGCUUUACCUCCUCUUACACAGCUUCUCAAUAUAAUCAACUCCGGGGUAACACCAGAUGCUGCUGCUGUCAAUAAUUCCGAAACUGAAAUCAUUAAUGAUUCCAAUGGACACGACAUUUCAUCGGAGGAGAAGAAAGAUGAAUCGCAGGUGGCUCCUGUUGGAUUGGGAGCCGGAUUGGCUUCUUUGGAUGGGAAGAAGACCAAAGCAAAAGCGAAAACUGCAGGCUAAGUUUUUUUUUUUAAUUGUUGGAUGAAUAUAUUUCCCAGGCUUACUUUUUAUGAGUUUGCCUGCGAGUUCCCGAUUCUUUCGAAGCUCGAAAUGUGGUAUUUGAAAAUUUGUGGGUUUCUCUGCGAUAACCUAGAUUUGCAGACAUUGUAAGAAAUAAGGUGGGAAUUGUCAAUUUUGGGUGGGUUUGUUGUGAUUUUUGCUUGAAUUGUUUUUCUAAUGAGUCAUUAGGUUGACUGAAAUACAUGUUAGAUGUUUUUCUAUGUUUAACAUGUUCUCUGUUAUAUUGGAGGAAUUCAACUCAUUUUCUUUUGUUCAA